AGCGAGUUCAGUGGGAGGGACCUGUCGUGAAAGUCUGGUUGAGGUCUAUUCUUCUUAAGACAUGGGCAGCAUUGAACUAUAAGAAGCUGAAAAUAUACUUCUCAAUAUCUCACUACACUCUCUUUAUCAGGUGUUUUCUUACUGUCUUGUAUGUAACUUGAUAUUGAAGAACCGUCAUGAGCACUGCGGCUCACAGAAAACGCAAAGGAGCAGCCACCAACAAUUGCAGACAAAGAAGGAAAAAGAGAGUAGCUAGUAACAUAGCGGCAAUGGCAGAAGAUGCGGAGACAAUAAAUUUAGAAGAAAGUGGGGAAGAAGUAGUAGAUCUCACUUGUGAAUCAUCAGACCCAGUGGUAGUUGACUUAACUCACAAUGACUCUGUUGUUAUACUCCUAAUCAAAGAAGACCUCUAGCAAGGACUCCCUUUCAAUCUACCAGUUGUGUUUUAAGUAGUGAUGAUGAAGAUUCAAGAGGUACAGAUGUUCUUGGAACCAAAACAGUUUCUACAGUCUUUUCGUCAUUAGCAAAUGAUACCCCACGAUCGUCUUCUGGGACAGUUAGUUGCCCGAUUUGUAUGGAUUUCUACAACGAGAUUAUUCAAAGUGGUCGGCUAAUUGUCUCAACUAGAUGUGGGCAUAUUUUCUGCAGCCAAUGCCUUCGAGAUGCCCUUAAAAAUACUACCUCAUGUCCAACAUGCAGGAAAAAACUGACUUCUAAACAAUAUCAUCCUAUUUACAUAUGAAAUUUCCAGUUCUGUUUUUCAUGGCUUGUUCUUCGACGUGAUCAGUUUUCUAACGUGCUUUAAAGAUAUUUGAACUGUUUGAACAGAACAAAGGGAGGUUUAAUGGAUUUUCUAUAUAAUGUAAAAAAAAUAAAAUGUUACUUUUAUGGUUUUUUUAUACCCCGGUUCACUAAGUAUCUAUGUGGAAUAUCACACCUUCAAUUAUGAUUGAUCACUUCUAAUGCCGUUCUCUGAAGUUAUGGUGUGACACUGUAUGUUUGUACUAAGUGAAUCUGGGUAUUAUUAUCUUUUUUUUUUUUUUUUUUUUUUUUUUUUUUUAAUAAAAGUAUUAGCAUUUUCUGUAAAUGCUAAAAACAAAAUAGUGUAAAUAUACAAUGUAAUCUAAAUUUGUAGCUACAGGUCUACCUUGAAUAUGUUUAAAUAUAUUAAACAUCCUUCUGAAACAGACAAAUAAAGAUUAAUUUAAUGAUAGGUUAA